CCAGCGCUGAAGAUGUCUCUCUUGGAUCGGGAGGAGGAGGACCAAUGGCGGAGGGGGCCAUCGGUGGAGACGAGCGGCUCAGUUUCAGAAUAAUGUCUUCCAAGCAAGCCACCUCUCCGUUUGCCUCCGUCGCCGAUGGGGAGGAAGCCAUGAGUCAGGACCACCUGUCCUGGGAUAAGGAGGAGAGUGCCGAGGCCCAUGGGACGCCCCAGCUGCCCCUGCACAGCCUGCUCCACAGCAAGGGCUCCAUGGACGAACUGCAGCCCCUCAGCAGUGUCCCUCCAGAGAGUGACUGGGACAGCAUGGUGUCAGCCCAGCAGCGCAUGGAAUCUGACAGCAAUAAAGUAUGUUCCCUGUACUCCUUCCGGAAUAACUCAACCUCCCCACACAAGCCUGAGGAGGGGGCCCGGGAGCGCGGCGACCUGCUGAGCGGAUCUGCGUUCGGAACGCCGGAGCGCCGCAAAGGAAGCCUGGCCGACGUGGUGGACACACUGAAGCAGAAGAAGCUGGAGGAGAUGACAAAGACAGAGCAAGAUGAAUCUAGUUGCAUGGAAACACUUCUGUCAAAAGAGUGGAAAGAGAAGAUGGAAAGGCUCGACACCGGUGAUCUUCUGGGAGAAGUUAAAGGUACUCCAGAGAGCCUGGUAGAGAAGGAGCACCAGCUGAGCACCAUGAUCACUCAGCUGAUCAGCCUGAGAGAGCAGCUCCUGGCCGCUCACGAUGAGCAGAAGAAGCUGGCCGCCUCACAGAUGGAGAAACAGCGACAGCAAAUGGAGCUGGCCCGCCAGCAACAGGAACAGUAUUAUGAAGAAGGGUGUUCCAUGAUUGCCAGACAACAGCAGCAGCUUCUGCAGCAGCAGCACAAAAUCAAUAUCCUCCAGCAGCAGAUUCAGGUCCAGGGUCACAUGCCUCCGCUCAUGAUUCCCAUUUUUCCACACGACCAACGCACCCUGGCAGCUGCUGCCGCAGCCCAGCAGGGCUUUCUCUUCCCACCGGGAAUCUCUUACAAGCCAGGUGACAACUACCCGGUGCAGUUCAUUCCAUCCACAAUGGCAGCUGCGGCAGCGUCAGGACUCAGCCCCCUCCAGCUUCAGCCCUCGUCCCAGCUCUCCUCUCAGCCCUCGUCCCAGCUCUCCUCUCAGCUCUCCUCCCAGCUCUCCUCCCAGCUCUCCUCUCAGAUCUCCUCUCAGCUCUCCUCCCAGCUCUCCUCCCAGCUCUCCUCUCAGAUCUCCUCUCAGCUCUUCUCUCAGCUCUCCUCUCAGCUCCCCCAGAGUGCCCGUAUCAUGCCAGGGUAA